AUGGCAGCAUCAACGACACAAUCAGCCACGCCGGCUGUAAAAGAGACGUUCCACUUCAUCAACAAGCCAGAAGAUGCCAUCAACGAAGCAUUGGCAGGCCUAACCCACAUCCACCCAAAUCUCUCCUACAACCCCCCCUACAAAAUUCUCUACCGCACCGACCUCUCCACCUUCCGUAAUACACACGUAACAACAAUCGGCUUCAGCGGCGGCGGCCACGAACCAAUGUUCGGCGGCUUCGUAGGCCACAAUUACCUCUCCGCCUACGUGAGCGGAAACAUCUUUGCUUCCCCCACCGCCGCUCAAAUCUACGAGGCCAUUCGUAUGUGUCAGCCCACCGACGGGAGUGAGAGUAAAGGCACAUUGGUGGUUUGCGGUAAUUAUACGGGUGACAUACUUAAUGCUGGAUUGGCAAUUACAAGGGCACAGGCUAGUGGCUAUAAGGUGAGGUUUGUGCCUGUGGGUGAUGAUGUUGCUGUUGGCAGGAGGAAGGGGGGUAAAGUGGGGAGGAGGGGUUUGAGUGGCCAUCUUGUGGCAUUGAAGAGUGCUUGUGCACUUGCUGCCAAGGGAGAAAGCCUGGAGCGUGUGACGGAGGUCAUGGAGUAUGUGGCUGCAAAUGUUGGAACUGUUGGAGUUGCUUUCGACCGUGUCGCAUUGCCCAAUGCCACUCUCACAGACUUGCAAUCUCUCCCACCAGCCACCAUCGAACUCGGCAUGGGCGCACACGGCGAACCAGGUCUCCGCCAACUCAACCCCAUUCCCUCCACCGAAGCACUAACAUCCCAAAUGCUUGACCUCCUCCUCGACAUCUCCGACACCGACCGAGCAUUCAUCCCCUUCUCCGCCUCAUCUCACCCCAAAACCGACAAUGAAGUCGUGAUCCUCCUAAACUCACUCGGUAGCACAAGCGACGAAGUUCUUGCACGGUUUGCAGAACUCGCUAUUGAUGAGUUGAAGCAAAGAGGUUUUGUGGUCAAGAGGGUUACGCUUGGGCCUUUGGUCACUAGUCUGAAGAUGAGUGGGUUUGGCAUUACGAUUUGGAGAUUGCCACCUGUUGAUGGCGAGGCGAUGACACGAGAGGAGGCUUUAGAGCUGUGGGAUACCAAGGUUGAUGUCGCUGCCUGGAGGCAGUAA